AUGGCCCGAUUCAUGGCGUUCAAGCCGCCGGUGGAUGAGCCGAAGAAGAAGGGCCGUCUAAAGCGGCUGGGCAAGGUGAUGACCCGCGCCAAGAACGUCCUUCUCAACGUGUUCAGCCCCAAACGCGCCCAACAGACGCAAAAUCGUUGGACUCGAGACCUUUUUCAUCCCUCCAUCCAUCGGCGAUUGUCGUUUCGCGUAAGUUUUGAGCUUUAGAAUAUUGUAUUCAUUCUUAUGCUUCUUUAAGACACGGCUUGAUGCGACUUUCGUUGAUUUGUAAGGAAAAAUCGUGAUUUUUACACCAAAAAUGCCAUGGAUAACAUAAUUUUUGUCAAAUUUUAAUAAUUUUUUUUUCAGUAUCCCCGAUCCAGAACCGACUCGAACAGCUCCUUGGACUCGUUGCUCUCCGACAGCUCCUCCAUUUGCACCUUUAGCAGGAAAAGGAAAGCCGAAUCCAUCUCCGAAACGCAGCUCACCCAGAGCUCUUCCAAGCCCUGUUUGAGGUCCAGUAUCACCUCCACCGGCGAUCAUUCCAGUCCAUGUUGUGAGUGGAGCCCUCCGCUGUCCUGUCAGCAAUUUGGACACAGUCGAUCCUGUUAUAUACCGGUCGACGAACCCCUUUUUCUCACUGAUUUCCGAUCGGAAACAGCUCUUCAAGAAGUGCAAUUAACUCCCUUCUUGAUGGAUUCACCCGCGAAGCCAAAGCCGCCCAAGAAACGACGACGCUUGAACAACUUUGUGGCCGUCACCAAGGACAAAGUCGAGUAAGACUUCCAUUUUAUUAUAUUUUUUAUAAGAAUUUUCCUUAAAACAAAUUAUUUGCCAAGUUUUUGUUGAAAAUGAUAGAACAAUGGGGUUUGAAAUUAGGUGUAGAGUCUCUACGUUGUGUCGUUUCAGAAAUAAUCAAGAUCUGGAUGACACCAUCCACAAUAUCACCAUGACAAUGCCCACGGUCCAAGCCCAACCUUCGGAUCUUCAAUGA